CGCCGCCAGUUAGAAUAUUGAANCGGGGGGGAGCAGGCCUUGGUCUUUCGGCGGCGAGCAUGCUAAGCCAUGUCGUGGAUGUGUCGGCCCGCCGGGCUGGCGGCACCAGCACUGCUGUGGGUGUCGACCCCGCACCCACGAAUGGGACACCCCAGGUGGGGGGCUUGGGCGCACCGCUUCGCUCCCUGAGCAACGCACCUCGAGGCGGGAUGGGGCAAGUUUCGCUAGGUCUCGCGCCCUCGGCUUUUGACGCGACAAACUCCUGUGCGCCGGAGAGUUUCCAGCAAUCAAGAUUGAAUGGCGAAAGACUUCGGGCCGGCGAGAACCACGGGCAGCCUCCGCCUUCGACGGACCAAGAUGUAACAUUUUUGGACCAGGUGCAAUCGCCCCCGAAAAAGAGGCAGGCAGGAUAAACCAAGAGGCGCACUUCGACGGCUAAGAGAGACACCCGUGGUGGCGGGCAGAAUGCAAUUCAGGGAGGUGCCGUAGGAGCCUGGGGGGGUUGGAGUUGUGUUUUGUCUGGGUGUAUUACUUUUUGCUGUUCUGGCGUCGAGAAGCGUGCAGGCUUAGCGAACAUAUGUCCCGGGAAAUGGCUUAGGGUUAGGGUGAGGGUGAGAACGAAUUCAGCUCGGAGUCUUGCGGGGCGGCAUGGGGGUAGACUGGGCGUGGGAGUAUCCUUGAGUUGCCGUGCUGCAGUGCCUUUUCUGGACGACGCUAGUAUUGUUCGUGAGCGCGAGCUGAGUUAUGUUUCGAGCCGUUCUUGGUGCGGCUUUGUCGACAACAGCAACGGGGUCGCAGCGAAUGACGACGUCCUUCUGCGGCCAUGUUUUUGAGGUAUCAUCCCUGCGUUUCAUUUACAAUGUAGAUUUACAGUAGGUAUGCCCGGAGUAUACUUUGCUGUGCAGAGUACUUAUGCGGAACAAACAAACGCACUAACUACCAACGACGGCCAACCAAAAAGCAGGGAAUGCUUUGGACUAGAAUACAUUGCAAGGAUACUUGCAUAGACAAGGACACCGGACAGCAGUAGCAGUACAUGAUAUUU